AAGCGGGUGGAGCCUCGGACGAGGGAGGAGCCGAGCGCGCCGGGGCGACGCCGCGGGAGGUUCUAGAAACGCCGGCUGCUGCGCGUGUCCAGGUAGUUGAGGAGACCCGUGGUGACUGACUGAUUCAACAAACAGCUUCAGUGUGCCUGGAGACUGCGAAGACAGGCAGGCAGAGGAAAGACUCAGAAAGUUCAGGUCUAGAGGAGCAGCAAGAUACUGCCCUUUCCCAUCAUGGAGCUCCAGGUGUUGGUGUUGCUGAUGUCCUGGUUUGGUGUCCUGAGCCGGGUGCAGGCAGAAUUCUUCACCUCUAUUGGGCACAUGACUGAUCUGAUUUAUGCAGAGAAGGACCUCGUGCAGUCUCUGAAGGAGUACAUCCUUGUGGAGGAAGCCAAGCUCUCCAAGAUUAAGAGCUGGGCCAGUAAAAUGGAAACCCUGACCAGCAAGUCAGCCGCCGACCCCGAGGGCUACCUGGCUCAUCCCGUGAAUGCCUAUAAGCUGGUAAAGCGCUUGAACACAGAGUGGCCUGCACUGGGGGACCUGGUCCUGCAGGACUCGGCCGCAGGUUUUGUGGCCAACCUCUCCAUGCAGCGGCAGUUCUUCCCCACCGACGAGGACGAGUCCGGAGCCGCCAGAGCACUGAUGAGACUUCAGGACACAUACAAACUGGACCCAGACACAAUUUCCAGGGGGGAACUUCCAGGAACAAAGUACCAGGCCAUGCUGAGUGUGGACGACUGCUUCGGGAUGGGCCGCUCAGCCUACAAUGAAGGAGACUAUUACCAUACUGUGCUGUGGAUGGAGCAGGUGCUGAAGCAGCUCGACGCUGGGGAGGAGGCCACCAUCACAAAAUCCCUGGUGCUGGACUACCUGAGCUAUGCUGUCUUCCAGCUGGGGGACCUGCACCGUGCUGUGGAGCUUACCCGCCGCCUGCUCUCUCUUGACCCAAACCACGAACGAGCUGGCGGGAAUCUUAGGUACUUUGAGCGGCUGCUAGAGGAAGAAAGAGAAAAACCAUUGUUUAAUCAGACAGAAGCUGGGCUAGCGACCCAGGAAAAUCUGUACGAGAGGCCCGUGGACUACCUCCCCGAGAGGGAUGUGUAUGAGAGCCUGUGUCGUGGGGAAGGCGUCAAACUGACGCCCUGGAGGCAGAAGAGGCUUUUCUGUAGGUACCACCAUGGUAACAGGGUGCCUCAGCUCCUCAUCGCCCCCUUCAAAGAGGAGGAUGAGUGGGAUAGCCCGCACAUCGUCAGGUACUAUGACGUGAUGUCGGAUGAAGAAAUCGAGAGGAUCAAGGAAAUCGCUAAGCCCAAACUCGCACGAGCUACUGUUCGUGACCCCAAGACAGGUGUCCUCACUGUUGCCAGCUACAGAGUUUCCAAAAGCUCCUGGCUAGAGGAGGAUGAUGACCCUGUUGUGGCCCGCGUCAACCGUCGGAUGCAGCAUAUCACAGGGUUGACCGUGAAGACUGCAGAACUAUUGCAGGUCGCAAACUACGGGAUGGGAGGACAGUACGAACCACACUUUGACUUCUCUAGGCGACCUUUUGACAGCGGCCUCAAAACGGAGGGGAAUAGGUUAGCGACGUUUCUUAACUAUAGCGAUGAGCAAGAUGCUUUCAAGCGUUUAGGGACUGGGAAUCGUGUGGCCACGUUUCUAAACUACAUGAGUGAUGUAGAAGCUGGAGGUGCCACCGUCUUUCCUGACUUGGGAGCUGCAAUUUGGCCCAAGAAGGGCACAGCUGUCUUCUGGUACAACCUUCUGCGGAGUGGGGAAGGCGAUUACCGGACGAGACACGCGGCCUGUCCCGUGCUUGUGGGCUGCAAGUGGGUCUCCAAUAAGUGGUUCCAUGAACGAGGACAAGAGUUCCUGAGGCCUUGUGGGACAACAGAAGUUGAUUGACAUCCUCAUCUGCUCUGCUCCUUCCUGGUCCCACGGCCCAAGUCAUCUUCAAGUUCAGCGUGACAGAUUCCUUUGUAUGUUCCAGCUCCUGUCAGGCAGGUCAGCGGAGGAGCCAGUGUUUGUCUGAAUUUGAGAGAAUGUGUCCCUGGGCCGAGUCCUGGGUCACCUGGGCCCCAGACUCUGGCCAGCCUAUGCCUGCUCUGACUCCAAGGGUAGCAUCGGUGUGGCUGCUGCAGAACCAAACUGUGUGGCACCUAGCUCGGUGCCUUUGUACCUCAGAUGUUUCAGGUGGGAGAGGUUUUAGUGAAACCAAAGUUCUGAUGCUGUGUUUACAAGUUUGUUUUAAUGACAUUUCUAUUUGUUGUGGCUUUAACCAAAAAAAUAAAAUGUCCCCUGCCAGAAGCCUU